AUGGGGAGCUCGUUUGUCGUCGUGGCGGGCAGCCACAGUCAGUACUCCACAGACUCGGCCGAGGAGGCGCUGGCGGUGAAAGCAGUGCAUUCGCACCCCCUCUAUGACGCGAGCGAGACGUCGCACGACUUUGCCCUGGUGGAACUGGAAGACGACGCACCCUUGAACGAUUGCAUCGGUGUAGCAUGCUUGCCAACUGAGGACGUCGCUGUCGGUGAGGAGUGCUUCAUCACCGGGUGGGGCACCAUCUCCUCGGGAGGUACCUCCCCUGACACAAUGCAGGAGGCGGAGGUGACAAUCUACAGCAACGCAGACUGCGCAGCUGCGUACAGUGAUUUCGGUUGGGCGAUCACGGAUGACAUGCUGUGUGCGCAUGGCACGAACGAAGAAGGGGAAACCACCGACGCCUGUCAAGGGGACAGCGGCGGGCCGCUCGUCUGUGCUUCCAGCGGUGAUACUUAUGUUCUGCAUGGCGCCACUUCGUGGGGCUACGGGUGUGCCGUCUCGGGGUACCCUGGAGUCUGGAGUCGGGUCAAUUUUGUUCGUGACUGGAUCGACGAGGUGAUGUCGGCCACGGGGGCGCCGACGCCAGCGCCAACACCAGCGCCGACAACAGCUCCAACACCACCGACACUGGCGCCGACUCCAGCGCCCACAACGCCAACAUCAGCGCCAACGCCUGCGCCCACCACGCCAACAGCAGUGCCAACACCAGCGCCGACGGCAGCGCCAACCCUACCCGUAUGCUAUAACGGCGGCGGCGGGGGGCGGCGGAGGCGGAAUUGCGGUCCCCUCUGCGGUGGCGGCGGGCGGCGGCGGCGGUCUUGCAUUGUUGGGCCAGUGCCAGCGCCAACGAUGGCGCCAACACCAGCGCCAACAGCACCGACACUGGCGCCGACACCAGCGCCCACAACGCCAACAUCAGCGCCUACUUUGUCGCCAACAGCAGCACCAACACCACCCACCUCGGCUCCGACUCCAGCGCCCACCACGCCAACAGCAGCGCCAACACCAGCGCCCACCAGCGGCUGCGUCGACGGCGGCGGCGGGGGGCGGCGGAGGCGGAGUUGUGGUCCCUUGUGUGGUGGGCGCGGGCGCCGGCGUCGGUCUUGUUCGGUCCGGCGGCUGUCUGAUGGGCAGGGUCUCCAGGCUGACGAGCUCGACCGGAUCGACGAGCUGAUGGUAGCGCCCCCGAGCGAGGUCAUGCCGCAGACGACAGGCUCCAGCAGCUCGGGCGUCGACAUCUUCUACCCGUGA